UUAACGUCAGACCAGACGCGCUAAAGGCGGUUCUAAGUCGCGGAACUGUUUUCGCAUGUAGCCCUGAGGAUCGUAGCUUGACUCGAUUUGCAUCCUUGUCCUUUCUGAUAAUAGUCAGUGUUGAGUGCUUGUCAAACUGUAAAAAAGUCGGUCAGUAAUAAGUAAUAACGCAUAAUAACUGACAUACAUAAAUUGCCGACAAUUGUGUUGAAUAAACAUGAUUAUGAUCAUUUCCCUUGGACGUGAUAAGUAAAAGUGUGGAAUAAUUUAAUAAAUGGACACUUAACAGUUCAGCAUAAUAGUUUGACUUUGGUAUGGUUACAUGAAACCACACAAUCAACAACGAUAUCACAUUUUAAACGAUAUCACAUUUCUUUAAUAAGAUAAAUUAAGUCCAUAAUUAUGAAAAAUUGACAAUGGAAAUGGCAGUAACGGAGCAAUAUUUAGCAGAUCACAAAAAGGGUUGCACCAUCGCAAAAAUGAGAGGUGACAGAAACUUCAAAUUGACAUCGCCACUGUUGUUGGCCAUCUGUCUGUUCCCGUUGAGCAUCCUGUGUGAAUUUAAUGAGUCACAAACUGUUCAUAGAGAAAGAGAAAACACUUACUGCGAAUAUCAAGAGAAUGAUACCACAGUGUCAAAGGAACAAGGAAGCGUUUGGUUUGACACAAGAGACAUUUGUCUGGUAUACUCGUGCAUCGCAGCAGCCGAUUUGAAGUUGCAACCACAUAUAGUAGUAACCCCUAUUGACUGCAAUGAAUUCUAUUGCAAUGUGGGAUCUGAGUUGCGUAAAAACCCCAAAAGCUGCUGCGGCGAGUGCAUACAAACCCAUUGCCAGCACAAUAAUAGUCUUUAUGCCAUCGGCGAAACUUGGCAUAAUGAUGCAGACUGCACACUGCUGGAGUGUAGCCAAUUGGAAAAUGGCGAAAUUAUAAUAAAUAGUUAUAAACGAUUUUGCCAGCCAAUCCCUACUAACUGUCCGCCAUGGCGAAUAGGUAGAAAUAAAUGCUGCCCCGUUUGUCACCCAGCUUUUUCUUCUCGAGCUGAGCUACUAGACGAUGUAGAAAGUACAAGCGAUAUCUGGACUGCAGAGUGGUACCGACGACAUCCAUGUGUACGAGACUGCCAGAUUGGAGCAGAGCCAAUGACAUGUCGCUACACCUUUGUGGUCGAGUGGUAUCAGACGUUUUCUAAAGCAUGCUUCGAUUGUCCAUUAAACUUAACGGACUGCUUUAGGCCACACUGCGUUUUAGGAGAUGGUCUGCAACGUAGUAUAACUGUGGUCAAUCGAAUGAUGCCUGGACCCGUCAUCGAGGUGUGCGAAGGUGACCAAAUUGUCGUGGAUGUUAAGAACAAUCUUCUGGGCGAAAGCACCACUAUUCAUUGGCACGGCUUACAUCAAAAGAAAACACCCUAUAUGGACGGAGUGCCUCACAUUACGCAAUGCCCAAUUCCCCCUCAUACCAAUUUUCGCUACACUUUCCCGGCGGAUAACUCCGGUACACACUUCUGGCAUUCGCACACCGGAAUGCAGCGAGGCGAUGGUGUCUUUGGAGCACUUAUCAUUCGACGGCCCAAAAGUUCGGACCCACAUGGUGGUCUGUACGAUUUUGAUCUCAGUGAACAUGUAUUGGUUGUACAAGACUGGAUACAUGAACCAGGCUCCAGCAUAUUUGCCAAUCAUCACCAUUCCCGUGGAGAUAAUAAGCCACACAAUAUUCUGAUAAAUGGGCGUGGUCGCUACUAUAAUCGCAUAUGGGCAGAGGCAAAAAGACAAAACCGAAUGGCCACAGAGGCACCCGCAAAAUCUCCAGCAACACCAAUUACAGCUUCACUUCAGAUAGACAGCGAGCAACUAAAGUCAGAUAAUUUUAAAGCAUUAGCAACAGCUAUUAAUCCUGGUGUUGACUCAUCCAACGGGAUGGAGGUAAUGGAACUAGCUUUAAAACGCCAUGCAAUGCAUCAAACCAACUCUAAUACUACUGCUCGGAUAGCGUCUCUAGGCGAAACUCAUUCACGUCAGCGACGUGGAAACGUUGAAAAGAUACCGUUAGAACAAAUACCCCAUCAAGUAUAUUAUGUAAAGCGUGGAUUUCGUUAUCGCUUCCGCAUUGUGAACGCAGAGUACCUUAAUUGCCCAAUUGUGGUAUCUGUGGAUAAUCACAAGCUGAUCGCUAUUAACUCGGACGGAUAUGACAUUGAAGCAAUGGAAGUAGGUUCUAUUGUAACGUAUUCGGGAGAGCGCUUUGACUUUGUACUGAAUGCCAAUCAGCAUGUGGACAACUACUGGGUGCGUCUAAAGGGACUGAUGGAUUGCAGUGAGCGCUUUACCUCUGCCUUUCAGGUGGCUAUAUUGCGCUACGAAGGUGCUACCGACGAAGAACCAAUAUCCGAACUUGGGUAUGCUCACAAUGCCACAGGCAUUGAGCUGAAUGUAAUGAAUCGGGGACCUGGCUAUACCGAUACAAAGACAGUUGCUGAGAUGAGAGCACUGCCGAUUUACGAUAAGGUCUCUGGAAUUGACGACGAUACACUCAAGCCAGAGGCUGACUACAAGUUCUUUGUAUACUACGACUUCUAUCGAAAAGAUAAUCCUGAAUUUCAUCACGGCGAUUAUUAUAGCAUGAAUACAAACAUUUCAAAGGAAAACAUACUCUACACACCGCAGCUUAACCACAUAUCACUGAAAUUUCCUUCUAUGGCACUGCUGCCGCAGCGCAAUCAACUGAAUGACGAACUUUUUUGCAAUGAGACGAGCUUAACUCAAAAUGGUAUCGACUGUCGCAAACAAUUUUGCAAGUGUCAUCAUGUCCUGCAAGUACCUUUAAAUGCAGUUGUAGAGUUUAUUAUUGUAGACGAGGGAUUCACCUUUUACGCAAAUCAUCCAUUUCACUUACAUGGCAAUGCCUUUCGCGUGAUUGGAUUGGAGCGCCUCGGUGAAAAUGUUACAAUUGAAAUGGUAAAACAACUUGAUCAGUUCAAGUUGCUUAAACGCAACUUAAUAAAUCCACCUGUUAAAGAUACAGUCACAGUUCCGGACGGCGGUUACACAAUUGUUCGCUUUGAAGCCUAUAAUCCAGGUUAUUGGCUCUUCCACUGUCACAUUGAAUUUCAUGCUGAAAUCGGAAUGGCACUAGUAGUUAAAGUGGGGGACAACGAUCAAAUGAUGCCGGUACCUCGUAACUUUCCUACCUGCGGGGACUAUGUGCCUGAUUCUCGUGAAGAUUCUGUAACUUCGACCACCGAAAAUGAUGAAAGCAACCCAACUCAGGCAUCACCAACGACAGGGUCAGCGACACCGAGUUUAGCAUUAGAAUCAAGUUCAUUGUGGGUUUUUCUAAGCUUGCAACUACUAGUUCGUGUUCACUGAACUCUCUGCAUAUGGGUUUCUAUAAUGCUUACAUGACACUUGUGCAACUUCUGUCGUCUUUAUAUAUAACAGAUAAUAAUCUUUAAUA